AUGUUGGUUGUCACCAAUGUUUCCUAUAGGUUUAACAUCAAUGACUCUAACACUUCGGUGAUGCAGGCUAGAAGGGGGUUUAGGCAAGGGGACCCCUUGUCACCCUUACUCUUUGUUAUCCUCAUGGAGUAUAUGAAUAUACUCUUGUUCAGAAUGCAAACUAAUCCUGAUUUUAACCACCAUUCUAAAUGUGAAAAUUUGAGUAUUACUGAUUUGGCAUUUGCAGAUGAUGUUUUGCUAUUUUCUAGAGGAGAUUAUAGGUUUGUGGAGCUCUUGAUAGAGACCUUUGGUCAAUUCUCCAAGAUGACUGGCCUGAUUGUUAAUCCCAUAAAGUGUAAAGUGUACUUUGGUGGAGUAGAUAACAACACUAGGGGCAAGAUUCUUAGGUUGACCAGGUUUGAGUAG